UAUCAGUGAGCUGAAAAGUUUGGUUUCGAAAUCGGCCGGACAGCAGAGCACCUGCUUGUGCGUCCUCAGUAGCUAUACCCACUUCCUCCUUACCCACAUCCUCUCAACAGAGAAUAUCAGAGGGUGUCGGGGCAGUGAAACGGCCUGCUCUCAUUAGAACAGUAACUAACACAAAUCAAAAACAGUUGAAACUAAUAGUCUAACCAUGGUACGCAUAUAAUUGUGGAAACGAGCGUGCGUAAACGUAGGUGUAAGCGAAUUACAUUAUUUACCUUUACUGGUAGAAGGCAGGGUCGGUGAAGUAGAAAGGGUUCGGAGGCGGGGUCAUGGUCGGUGGAGCGGUGACGGGCGGUGCUUACUGCAUGUUUCCCCAACCCCUCCUUCCAAACGUUGCAGGGCCAGUGGUCUGAACUUGAUCGCAGGCUGAGACCUGGAGAGGUUUGCGCGACGACGGACGCGUAACGUAACUGGCCAGAGGAGUCAUUUAGCAGCCUUUUGACCACUCACACGAAAUAAGUUUGUUCAUUCCUACAGAAGCCGGGGGGUUACGGAGUUUAAGCUUAUCCUUGGCGAGAAGAGUUAUGUCCCGACGUAAACUCGGUAGCCGACCGCAACACCUGAGCGCUAUUCAAGAUGAUCCAGAGCCCAGUGACAUCACCAGCUCACCGGUACGGGAGAGGACGGGGGCGGUGCUGGAGGCUGGGGGUCGCGACCUUCUCACUUGCGGGCCGUGUGGGCAGGCCUUCCCGCUGGCGCACAUCCUGGCCUUCAUCCAGCACAAGCAGGGCGGCUGCGGGGUGGGGCGCGCCGUGCCCCGGGGCCACACCCCUCCCUCCCCGGCCGGUCGCACGCUGAGGCGGGGCCCGCCCGCCGCUCUUCGCUCGCGGCCAGACGCGGGGUUCGUGGAGCUGAGGAGGGUGACGGACAGGGGCUGGGGGGAGGAGCCCGGCUCGAAACUGGAGCCCCACCGAGCAGUGGCGGAGGAGCCCGCCUGCUUUACCUGCCAGGUGUGUGAGGACGUGUUCCCCAGUGCCUGGUCCCUCCUGCAGCACGCCCAGCACACUCACGCCCUCAGCCUGUACCAGGAGGAGGGUGGGGAGGAGGAGUCGCCCGGCCCCGCCGCCACCCUGGACCCCAGCCGCCUGAGCCGCACGCUGGCCUCCGCGUUCGGCCCGGCCUCCCUCCGGCUGGCCCGCCCCCGAGGCCCCGCCCCGUCCUCCGCCGACCCCGCCCUCUCCCAGGACGCGCAGGCCUUCAACUUCUCCGUGCGCCUGCGGGAGCUGGCCGACGUGAGCGGCGGGGGCGUGGUCCCGUCCCCCUCCCACUCCCCGCCGGCCGCCGCCCCCUUCCCGCAGGCCCCGCCCCAGCAGACGCUGUUCGCCUGCGAGCUGUGCGGCCAGGGCUUCCGCUCCCUGCGCAGCCUGUCGGCCCACCGGCGGACCCACGCCGGCGAGCGGCCGUACCGCUGCGGCCUGUGCGACAGCGCCUUCGCCCAGAGCGGCGAGCUGGCCCGCCACAUGAGGACACACCGGCGCAGCGGGGCCUGGGCGGGGCCGGCCGAGGAGGGGCCCGAGGAGGGCGGGGAGCUCAUCCUGAAGGCCCGGCUGUCCCAGGAGACGGCGGCAGAGGGCCCCCUGGGCGAGCGGGUGGAGGGCGGGGCAGGCAAGCUGGACUUCUCCAAGCGAGCGCCGGGGGGCGGGCUCAUCCUGCUGUCCGCCCAGGGCCUGGGGCCCAGCGAAGCCCUGGGGGGGCGGGCUCUGCUGCGCCUCUUCCAGCCGCAGGGCGAGGGGGAGGGGCCCGCGGAGCCCCAGCAGCCCUCCCCCUGCGGCAGCCCCUCGGACGGCUCGCUGGACAGCGGGGAGACGGGGGCGAGCGGCGAGAGCGGCAUCGCCAGCGGCGACUGCACCCCGAAGCGGCCGGAGCGGGAGAGCGAGCGGGACGGCGAGAGGGAGUGGGAGGCCGCGCCCGGGGAGGCCCUCCAGGACUGGCAGCGAGACGGAGAGCCCAAGCGAGGAGGAGGAGGAGGAGGAGGCGUAGCUGGGAGGAAGAAGAGGGAGGAGGCCUGCGAGUACUGCGGCAAGCGCUUCCGUAACAGCAGCAACCUGACGGUGCACCGGCGCAGCCACACUGGGGAGCGGCCGUACCGCUGCGGCCUCUGCAGCUACGCCUGCGCCCAGAGCAGCAAGCUGACCCGCCACAUGAAGACGCACGGCGCCCGCGGCUCCCGGCCCGCCUACCUCUGCCAGCUGUGCCACGUACCCUUCACCGUGUACGCCACCCUGGAGAAGCACCUGAAGAAGGCCCACGGCCUCAGCCACGCCGACGCCACCGCCCCCGGCCAGGCCGACGCCCAGGCCGCCGACGACGCCCAGGCCAACGGGCCGCAGGCCGAGGGCGAGGGCGAGGGCCGCGUCGACCCGUUCGCCGAGCCCGGCGGCGCCGCUCAGUCCCAACGGAGCGCCGACGAGCCCGCGGAGGGCGCCGCCGGACCCGCGGAGGCCGCCGUCGAGCCUGACGCCGAGGCCGGCCCGGAGGGGGGCGGGGAGUUCGCCCCUCCCGCCGCCGUCGCCGCCGAGGCUGGCGCCGAAAUGAGCGUGGCCUCCGCGUGACGCGCGGGAGCGCGGGCCAAACUGAACACAGCGCCCCUGCUGGACACGAGCGCCGCAGCCUCACUGCCACCAAAAGCAAUACCAGUACUGAUACAGCAGCCCCAGCGCGCCGCGCCGCCUCUCAGACCCUCUCCCGAAAAAUAAAAGCACUUCACUUUGGAGGCAUGGCCGCUGUCGGCUGCUACAUGACACAAUAUUAACCCUUAGCAAUGCGGCCCCGGACGCCCGCGGCCGGGCUGCCCCUGUGCGUGCCAGCGCACGGUCCCGCCCGCUGGGGGACGCUGGCGUGUGCCGGCAGAGCCACGCGGGCGUGUCAGGGGAGCCUCGUCCACCGACCGGGGAACGGUCGUCCGCUGAGAGCGGAGUGGGCGGAGUCUGGGCGGGCCGAAGGGUGACCCUCUGUCACCCUUGUUUUGGCCCGGAACGCGACCUCUCGCCUGCUGGUUUCCCAUUGUCAGCCAUCUUGAGAUUAUCACAUUGCUGGAGAAAAGGCACGAUUGGCCGUUUUCUGGAGGAGGGAGGGUUCUCCAGCUGAGGGAAGCCACUUAUCCAGGGUCGCUUCAAGACGGCAAACCCCCGACCUCCGUAACUGUUAUUCUGUGUGGUUCUUAAAUAAAUAUGAGUACUCUGGACGGGAGUGAAAACCAGGAUUGAAUGUGACAGAAAAAGACUGAACUGUUGUGCGGAAUCUGCGAGAUUCGUUUGGUUGUCCGGUGACCCGGGGGAAAGGCUCGGCACAAUCACAUCCCUUGUCCUUUAAGUGGGAGGUUUACACGUACCGCCGCUCCCUCUGGGUAUAGAAAAGGCACAUUCCUAAUAUUAAUGUUGUGUUUGUGUUGCAUUUAGAUUUUUUUCCCUCGCGACUUCUGAAGUCAGUGCCUACUGAGCUCUUCAUUGCCUUCUAUGCAUUGGGGGAAAAAAAUACUGUAUGUACUAUCUGCUGAAACAAAAAAAAAAAAACGGGUGUUGUUUUUUAUAUCAUUUAUAGAGUUUUAUAAAUA